AUGACAAUUCCAUGGAUGUGGUCUAAUCGAUUUUGUGAAAUGUUUAGAACGAUUAAAGCCAGAAACAUUAAGGUAAUGUGGGCGUUACAUGCUGGCGUGCUUGCCAACUUAAAGAGACAUAUAGAACAUGAACUUAUGUUGACGCAUACAGUUAUGACCACACGUUUAAACAAACGUUUGCGUAAUGAAGAAGAUGUUGAUGGUAGUGAAGAAGAAGAUGAGGAAGAAGUUAAAGAAGAGAGCCUUUCAAAUCAGUCAAGUCAGUCAACAUAUGCUUUUGAAACCGAUUCUUCUGAAGAUGACGACACGUUGGAGCCUGUGUGGAUGAUAGACGGUGAUAACGUGAGCAGGAUCCUUGUUGACUUUAGGUCACGCAGUUAUACAAAAAAUCUCUUGGGACAAGCUUUGACAAUAACUGAAAAACUUGCUGUUAAUCGUAUUUAUCUGAUGAAUCAACAUGAUGACAGUUUUCGUUAUUGCAAUGAGUUGAAUACGAUGAAAGAUAAGUUGAUCGCGUAUUUGGAACUAAGCAAGUAUUAUCACAAGGCUUCGAAUAAAGAAGUCGAGCUUGUGAACAGUGUUGCCUAUAGUAAGGCUAAAGGUUUAGAUAAGGAAGCUAAAGACUUGGCAAGUGCCCAAUUGUCAAUUAGUGAAUUAGAAACGUAUGCAACAGUUUUGUUCAAUUUAACUUCUAACUAUAAUCACUCAUUUGAUCUUGCCACUGUUGACGAGUCGCUUUUCAUUGAAUUAGCUCUAAGUCCUUUUCAAUCUGGACUAACUCUAUCCCCUUUCUGCAGACAUUUUACAUCUUUAGAAGGUGAAGUUGGUCUCAGACCGGAUAUGAAGUUCCAUAUCACAAUCAAUGGUAUCCAAAUUGACUGUCUUUUGAUUGAAGUCAAAUGUCCAAGCAGUACCAGCAAAGAUGAUCUGUUUAAGUUGUCAAUAGAAAUGCAGUUCAUUUUAAAUCGUUUAAUAGAACAUGGUGCUAAUAACUGUACCGUUUACGGUGUGUUAGUGUAUGGUUUCAGUUGUUCUAUGUACAAGAUGACAUUAGUUGCAUCGAAGGUAUAUCUAAUGGUGCAGAUUAGACAAUGUUUCCUUCCUCGCUCUUCAGAAGAUUUUCAUGUUGUAGUUAAUACUUUGUCUUCUUUCUUGCAAUUGUGA